UGACCGUAAAAAAUAGAAACUUCCAAGAUGGCCGAGUCCGUGGACUCCAUGCAUUUCACAGCAAACAGCAAAACAAAUUACUCCAAACCACUGAUAACCAAACGCCCACCGGAGAGCCGACCGCAGUCUUCCAGCGACAUUUACUCGCCACCCGUCAAGAAGGUCCGGGUAGAGGAGAAGGGCCUGAAGCACAGGAGAGUUAACGGAGAAGCCUGCGCAGAGGAAAAUCACAACGGGAAGCAGAGUUGUGGGAGCCCAGCGAAAUGGAGUUUCGGCCCGGCCGAGGCGAGCCACUCCACUGCUGCUGCUGUGCCAACGACCCCCGCACGGAAAAUCUUCAAAAUCAGCAACUUCCUCGCGUCGCCUCCAAAAGUAAAAAAGGCUAAAGAUAAACGGCAUAAAGAGAAAGAAAAGGGUUGCGACGUGCAGCGGAGCUCCCUCGCGGGUGUGGAGAGACUGAGCCCAGCUAGCUGCCAUACAAAGACCGAGAACGGCAACGAGAAAAUGCUCCAGAGAGAUCAUCAUAUGAAGGAAAAGGACAGAGAAAAGAAGAAGAAAAAAGACUUGAAAAAUCAUAAGCUACAGCCUGUCAGCGACAUUGUAAGAGAAAACGGAGACGUUAUUUCUCCCCAGAAAGAGCCUAAAGAGAAGCCCGAAGCCUUUUCGGAGAAUGACCUCCUGCUGAGGAAGCUCAAGAAGAAAAAGAAAAAGAAGCACAAAGACGAGGAGCGAAUUCGAGAGAGGUACCGACCAAAAAUGUAUCACCGCUCAUGUCAGACGACGUGUUCAGGAGUAUCUCUGGGUCUGUCUGAAUUCCUUAAACAAAUGAAUGGUAAUGACAGCAGCAGCGGCCUGCUCCACCCCUCUCCUGCACCACCGCACCAUCAGGAUCCUAUGUGUGCGCCUAGUUCCAUCUCCAUGGCCAGAGGUGGACUAGGCUACACCUCACCACUCCACUGCGCCACAGUGCCGGGCAUGUCCAGUCUGGAGUUCAGUCCGAUGAUACAUUUGGAGCAGCAGGCCAAUGGUGGAGCAUUGGUAGUCCAUGCCUACAUGGAACAGCUCGCUGUUUUAACCCCAGCUGAGAUGCAGCGCUUUGCUGAGGAGUUUGUGGCGUUGUCAUUCAGUGAGGGUGAGGACCAUGCCGCCUAUUUUGUGAUGGGAAUCAUUCAUGGAGCGGCCUCUUAUCUACCGGACUUCCUGGAUUACUUCUCCUACAACUUCCCAAACUCACCAGUCAAGAUGGAGGUGCUCGGGAAGAAAGACAUAGAAACAACCACCAUGGCCAACUUCCACACUCAGGUGAAGCGGACAUAUUCCCAGGGAACCUAUCGAGCUGGGGCCAUGCGGCAGGUCAGUCUAGUUGGAGCUGUGGAUGAAGAGGUUGGAGAUUACUUUCCAGAGUUCAUCAGCAUGUUGGAACAAUCUCCUUUCCUGGAGCGGACUCUACCUUGGGGGACCUUCUCCAGUCUGCGGCUGCAGAGCCCCACUGAAAGCGAUGAUGGCCCCAUCAUGUGGGUCAGACCUGGAGAACAGAUGAUCCCUUUGGCAGAUAUGCCCAAGUCACCCUUUAAAAGGAAAAGGUCUACCAAUGAGAUAAAGAACCUGCAAUACCUGCCCAGAGCCAGUGAACCCCGGGAGAUGCUGUUUGAGGACAGGACAAGAGCCCAUGCUGAUCACAUCGGUCAGGGCUUUGAGAGACAGACUACCGCUGCUGUCGGUGUGCUGAAAGCUGUGCGAUGCGGAGAGGACAGUGACGUUCCUGCUCGAAUCACCAAAGAUGUUGUGUGUUUCCAUGCUGGAGACUUCCCAGAUGUGGUCAUGAGGCUGCAGCUCGACCUUCAUGAACCUCCGCUGUCUCAGUGUGUACAGUGGAUUGAUGAUGCCAAACUCAACCAGUUACGGAGGGAAGGCAUCCGCUAUGCGCGCAUCCAACUUUACCAUGACGACAUCUACUUCAUCCCCAGAGGAGUCGUUCAUCAGUUCAAGACGGUGUCUGCCGUCUGCAGCCUGGCCUGGCACAUCCGACUAAAACAGUACCACCAACACGAACAGAGGCAGGACGAGCAGGAGUUGAAGGAAGAGAAGUGUGCUCGCACAGAAAUCACCCUUUGCAUCAAGGAGGAAGACAAGGAGGCAGGGGUAGAGAAGUGCGAACCUUCUGUUCAGACAAAGGCUGAGCCGGAGGAAGAGGACGGUCGAGUGACCACACGGAUAACAGAACAGGAGGAAAAGGAGCAUAAAGCUGAGGCCAGGGAGUUGGCGAUGACGCAAUCGGUGCUUUUUGUCAGAAAGGAGACAGACGGAGGAGCACUCCCUCAUACACUCAUAGAACCCAAAGUAGAGCAAGUUGAGAAAGAAAGUGCCCUGGGAGUAGAGAGCACACGUGCAGACGCAUGUCCGAUUCAGAUGAAAAUCCUGGAGGAGGGUGUAGCGGACGGCCUGCCCUUAAAACCACUACAUCAAAUUAAGAAAGAGAACAAUAUGGAGGAAGAGAAGCAGCUAAGAAUAACAGCGCCAGGUGUUAAAGAGAAAACAAGGGACUGUGCAGCAACCACUUUGAUUUCAUCACCUGUCAAAAAAGAUAGAGACAAAGUAAAAAGAGAGAAGGAUGAAAAAGAGAGGCAGAAGGAGAAAGAUAGAAAGGACAAGGAUAGAAGUAAAGAGAAGGACAGGGAGAAAAAGGAGAGGGGGAAGGAAAAGAUGAGGGAGCAGGAGAAAGGAAAGGCCGAGUCAGGAAGAGACGGCAGUACAUCCACACAGGUGAAAAAGAAAGAGGAAGAGGAGCGGGUAAAAGACGGCAGCAAAGCCCCUCAAAUGAUGGUUCAUGCGCAGAAAGAGGAGAAGUGGGCGAAGGGGUGGGAGUCAAAAACACAACACCCACAGGUCAAAAAAGAGAAGGAGCACGAUAAAGACAGAGGGGCCACACAGGUGGCGUCCCACUUACGACCAGACAGAGACGAGUCUCGAGAGACAGUCUCCCAGAAACACAAGUCUUCACAAGGUAAGAAAGAGAAGAGUGGGCACAGGGAGAGCAAAGAGGGCAGCACAUUGAGUUUACAGGGGGUGCAGUCCAAAUCAGGAAGAGAAGACGGGAAGACCACAUCGUCAAAACCUGCAAACCCUCUGAUUAGGAAGGAAGGGAAAAGGGACAAAGACGGUAGCGGUAAGGAUGAGAGGAAGAAGCCUUUCUCUGGUCCCACACCACCAGAAAACAAACCGCCACGGACACUCAUAACCUUUGACCUCUUCAAGCCAAUGGAGGCUCACCAGACACUUGCCCUUUCCUUCACGGACAGUCGGCCUAAGACUCACCACCACGGUGACUCUCGAGGGUCAUCCUCCAAGCCUGGAUCUGAAGGUCGGACGCUCAUGUCCUCCAAAGGACCAAAAAUAAAGGACUCGACUCAGAGAAAACCCGCCACACCUCUACAGGACACAAGGCCACAGCAGCACUUGAUAAAACAGCCCCUGAAGACACACACGCCUCACACAGAAAAAGACCUGGUGAUGUGAUCGUCCUGGUCUGGUUUUCAUUUUUACUGUACAAUUUAUCUCGAGGCUUUAAAAAAUGUUUGGACAUGUGUCCUUCUUUUGGACAUAAACUGGUCUUUUCAAACUUAGCAAAAGAUUAGUGGGUACAUUCCUUAUGCAGUGAGAAGAGGACUCACUCUCCAAGUGUUGGCUUAAAGGGUCUGUUAGCGAAUGUAUGUAGGCUACAUCAAAAUGUUAAGUGACCUGUGUGCCUAUGCACUUCUUAGCUGUGCUCUUAAAGCACCUAUUUAUGGUACUUGACCAGUCAAUCUGAGAACAACUCAACAUAGGACUUAAUCAGUCACAUUUUUGGGGGAAAACGAUGUCAACACUUCAGCUAACGAGUUAUCUCUGCCAUGUUUUCUUUAGACUUUGGGAUUUUGUUAAUCAUGACACUCGGAAAAAAAAUGAGCAGCAGUUCUUUUCAGACUGGUCUCAAACCUACAGGGCUGUAUAUGAUACUGUAUUUACCAAAACUGUACAGUAUAGAUGUUAUUAGCAUCAAUGUGAGAAAAUGUAUACAGAAAUUGCAUAUAUUUUUUGUAAGAUGAUUUUUAUUUUCCAUAGAACCUAUUUAUAUUAUUUACUGUGUUUUUAUUUGCAACCAAUGUACGUGAAGAUUUUGUUGUAAAUACAUUUUAUUUCCUAAGAUAGGACUUGGUAGUGUGAUCAGAACCACUCAAUAAAUGGUUCAAAAUA